GUUGGUUGCGAUGACAACUGACGUGCGUAGGUACCUUUUUGAACAGCUCCGUGGAGUAAGAUUAAGAAAGAAAAUUAAUUAGGAAAACAAUGAAGCAGAGUGCUUUAACAGCAACCUCAAAACAAUCGUUGAAGCAAGUAGUGAGUGGCUCAUCAAACCACAACACAUCGAUCCUCACUUUAGAUCUUAGUGGCUCUAAUAGUAAUAUCACUGCUGGAUUUGCACCUACCAGUACCACUACCAGCAGCGCCAGCAGUACCACUGGCACUGCCACUGCGGUUACUAAUACUAGUGCUAAUAUUAACAGUAGUGCUAGUGCUAGAGGACUAGUUACUAUUGGAAGCACUAACAGCGUGGAACAUGUAAGCAAAGGGCACAUAGACACUGGAACCAUACAAGAAACCCGCACAGAACAAAACCCUGAUUUGCAGCAUGAGAAAAUAAUCGUUGAGAGAUAUGAAGGAAAAUUUUUAAAUAACCAGUAUCAUGGCUAUGGUGUUGCACUCUUCUGUGGAGGUCAUAAAUAUGAAGGUCAUUUCAAGUUUGGGAAGAUGGAAGGCAGUGGAACGUAUACAUGGAAUGAAAAAUGUAUAUAUGAAGGUGACUUCACAUGUAAUACAAUUACAGGGCGAGGCAAAUAUAUUUGGCCUGAUGGAAGCACAUAUGAAGGAGAGGUAUUGAAUGGCCUGCGACAAGGCCAAGGUGUAUUCAGGUCACCCACCCGACCCUGCUUAUAUGUGGGAGAGUGGUCGAAAGGGAAGAGACAUGGAAAGGGUAAGGUAACGUACAACAGUGACGGCACAUCAUACUAUGAUGGUGAAUGGAAACAAAGUGAGCUGCAUGGUCACGGUUUGAGACGAUACAGCAGCGGCAAUGUGUAUGAAGGCGAAUGGUAUCAUGGAAAGAGACAAGGCAAGGGGAAAAUGCACUGGGUUAACAUUGGAGAAACGUACACUGGAGACUGGCAUGAUGGGUUUCAGCAUGGAAAUGGUGUGUAUGAAUGGAGGCUAAGUCAUAUUCAGGGAUCCCAGUAUCCAAUAACAAACUCCUACUAUGGGUACUGGAUCAGAGGUCAGUGUGAAGGUUAUGGUAUCUUUUGCUAUGCUAGUGGAGCAAAAUAUGAAGGACAAUGGCAGGACAGCAUGAAACAUGGACUGGGCAAGAUGACAUUCAAGAAUGGGAGCGUACAUGAGGGGCAGUUUCAACGAGACAAGAUUUUGCCAAUCCCUGACUUAGGAGCAGAUGUUAGACACAUGCCUGCUGCAAUGCGAGCAUUCAGCCCCCGAUCAUUAGCAGAGAAACACACGGGUAAAAAAACUGAAGCUGAUGAAGAUAGUCCUGUUGUGACGGAAGAAACCAUAUUGCAGGCUAUUCCGCAACUCCCAAACAUUUCAUCUCAAAUCCACAAGGUUCAAAUUUCUACGACUCGCUACAUUGGGCCUCUGCGAAGCAUAUACAACUUUUAUGCAGAUCUUGGUUCGCCACCCAGUGACAAUUCGAGAACAUCUAUAAUGACAAAAAUGCAGCUAUGGAGACUGCUGUUAGACUGUAGAGUGCACCACAAGCAUUUAAGCCUCGCGAGGAUAGACAAGUUGAUUAGUACACCAACAGGUGGCAGUGGAGAUAGGGAACGUCCUUCUGGAACUGUGCUAUUCCGACAAUUACUAACGUCUCUCGUAAUCCUAGCAUUUCAUUUACUUCAUGAUGAACUCGCCGAAGGUAUAGCUAGCGAAUGCUCUCCCGAUGAAAUGCUUUCCAAAUGCAUGGAGAAGUUAUUGCAAGACCACUUGUUGCCAUAUGCAUGCUGUGUUCAGGGUCAGUUUUACACAGAUCCUGGGUGUCAGGUAAUUGUUGCCAAAUACAUAACAAGGCUCUACAACGUUUACGCUGCACUGUGCUCUGACAUGCAGAGAAGAAGUGGAUAUGUGGAUGCACUGGCAACAGCAAGAAGUUUUAUGCAAUGGCUGCAGAAGCUAGGCAUUCUGCAUCAGUUUCUGACUGCCAAUAGAGUUCUAGAGAUUCUUUCAGUAGGAGAUCCAGCUGUUGGCACUGCUGGAUCUUACAACAUAGAACGAGAGAUGACGUUCCUUGACUUUGUGGAGGCAAUUCUUCUCUGCGCUGAGGAGUGCGGCAGCACCAUAGAUGUGGCAGAGUCCCCGUCUAACGGCGAAUCACAGCAGCAUCUACCUAAUCCAACAUCUACCGACAACACAGUGCGGAACAUUGCAAACGAAUGCGGAACGAUCGUGGAAGGAAUUAACGAGGAGGUUUCUGACACUGAGGACGAUUCUCAUAACGCCACACAAAAGUCAUUAUCACUACGAGGCAAAUCGGCCGACGAUUUGGGUGACAGCUCGUCAGCGGUGGACUGCCAGGAAAAAUGUGAUACAGACCAACAUUCACCAACUGAGGAGACUGAUGGAAAACCAGAUAUAGACGAGCAAACAGGUGAUGAGUACGUCCUGACGCCGGACGAUGAGACAUUGAUCAGUCUAGUGCAAGCGGAGCUGUCAGGCUUCAUCGAGCGUGUGCUGCUGCCUAGAGCAGAGACAUGGGCGGAGGUGACACGACAACUAGCCAGGGAGCAGUCUGUGCGCGCGAGCGAAGCGUAGCUGCGUCUGCCAUCGCAUUGGCGUUACUCUUGGUCAGAUUAGUUGCUACCACAUUCACUUGCGAUACCAAUAUACCUUAAGUGUCAAAUCCCUAGGAGAAAUGAAUGUAAAUAUGAGAUUUGCAUUAUGGUGAAGGCCCUGGUAAUUUCACCUGUAAGUGUGUUACCCUUAUAUAUAUAUCUACGCUAUACCACGUAAUGUUAAGUGGACGCAUAUAAAUUUAUGCUAUUUUUUAUACCUGGCUUUCAUAGAGUUCCAGUGAGUGUAUUUUGAAAACAUAAGUGGCAUUGUUCAGGUGUAAUUGUGAAACCAAACCGAGCUAAGGAAACUUGGUUCAUAAAGAAAGUAGAAGUUACUACAGUUGAA